UCUCACUUCUCUUAUAGUCAUUCAGAUGCCUCAACAGAAGCUGCUACUUUUACUUAUUGAUGGUGUUGGUGAUGUAGCAGUCAAGUCAUUAAAUCAGAAAACACCGUUACAAGCUGCUCAUAUACCAUGGCUUGACAAACUGGCUGCUAGUGGUUUGAAUGGUCUUAUGGAUUCAGUGGAACCUGGUUUGGCUUGUGGUUCGGAUACUGCACACAUGUCUAUUCUUGGAUAUAGUCCUCGGAAAUUUUAUCGUGGUCGAGGUGCAUUUGAAACUAUGGGUGCCGGACUCAAUAUGAUUCCUGGUGAUAUUGCUUUCAAAUCAAACUUUGCUUAUAUGGAUCGGGCAACUGGAAUAGUGAUAUCAAGAAGAGCAGAUCGACAAUUUGAAGGUCUUGGUCCAACUUUAUGCGAAGCCUUGGAUGGAAUUACUUUACCUUCUUUUCCAAAUCAUACUGUCGCAGUCAAAUAUGCAACUGAACAUCGAUGUGGUGUCCGUGUUCGUGGUCCUGGUUUGACUGAUACUAUUACAGGGACAGAUCCUCUCAAGGAUGGACGUUUGUUGGUGAAAUGUGAACCUACCGAAUAUACAAAGGAAGCUGAAAUGACAAGCCAACUAGUGAAUGAACUGUCAGAUGUAUUUUACGAGGCACUUCAUCAACAUGACAUCAACAAGGAUCGAAUAAAAGCUGGCAAGAAUCCUGCAAAUUGUGUUUUACUACGUGGAUGCGGUAGCUGUAUUGAUAUACCCAGUAUAGAAAAGUUACAUGGAUUCAAAAGCUUUUUGAUUGCGCCUACGUGUAUUAUUGCAGGAUUAGGAAUGACUGCUGGGAUGGAUAUAUUACAAGUUGAAGGUGCUACUGGAGAUUACCUUACUGAUUUUGAUGCCAAAGGAAGAGCUGCUGUGAAUGCUUUAGUGAAUCAAGAUUAUGAUUUUGGUUUUUUACAUAUCAAGGCAGUGGAUGAUGCAGGCCAUGAUCGCAAUGUAGAGCUAAAGGUUAAAUUCUUGGAAAAAAUUGACCAAAUGAUGGGAAAAGUCAUACAACAGUUGGCUGAAGUAGAGAAAUCCAAAAACAUGGAGUUCACAGUGAUUGUUACUAGUGAUCAUUCAACACCUGUCCUUUAUGGUGACCAUAGUUGUGAACCAGUACCUUUUUGUAUCAGUCGAGUCAAACAUGUAGCGACAUAUGAUGACAGCAAAAAUCCAACAGGGGAUCAAGUUAUUCAUUAUGAUGAAAUCAGUGCAUCUCAAGGAGCACUUGGUAGAUUUUGUGGGGAACAUGUCAUUCCAAUAGCAAAAUCAUUCAUGUCCACCAAGAAUAAACCAUGAUUAUAGUGUAGAAUAUAUCUAUUUUGUAGUAGUAGUAUAGUUUUUAGUCAGUUUUGCUAUUUUUAGACAGUUUGUUAACAAUAAAAACGAAAAAUGUAGAGCCA